AUGACGCUUUCGCCUACUUUUUUCUCCUCCGUUUCUUUCUACUUUUCCAUCUUAUCUUUUCUUUCUUCCAUCUCCUCCUCUUUUUAUUUCCUCGCCACCCAACCUCCCACCUUUUACGCGUUUUAUGCUUCCGUUUCUUUUAUCUUUUUUCAUCUCCUCCUUCCUUUCUUCUGUUUCCUCCUGCAACUCCUUUUCUUUCCUCGCCACCUUUCACCUCCUUUUUCAUCGCUGUUUUCUCUUUAUUACUCCAUCCCCACCUUCCCUUCUUUCAUCUACUCCGCCUUCUCAAUUUCUUUUUCUUCGACUUUUAAUUCUUCUUGCCUUUAUUUCUUUCUUUCUUCUUUCCUUUCCUUCUAUUCUUUUAUUUCUUCUUUGACCUUUUCUGCUUCUAUUUCUACUUUUGGCGAUUUUUUUUCUUUUAAUUUUAUUUCCUUUUGCUUUUCUUCUCCUUCUUCCUCUUUUUCGUUCAUUUACUUCUCAGACAUUUUCUUCAACCGUAAAAACAAAUCAAUCUUCUUUUACCUUUAUUUCUUCUUCUUCUUCUUCUUCUUCUUCUUCUUCUUCUUCUUCUUCUAUUGCCCUCUCCGUUCUUUUUACUCAUCUUCUAUUUCUUUUCUUUAUUCUUGUUAUUCCAUUUCUUUUUCUCUCUUAACUUCGAUUUCUGUUUCUUCUUUCUCUUUUUUUUGCUUCUUCUAUUUCUUUUUUCUCUUAUUUUUCUAUUUCUUCUAUUCUUUGUAUUAUUCUUUCUUUCUUUCUUUCUUCUUCUUCUUCUUCUUCUUCUUCUUCUUCUUCUUCUUCCAUCCCUCCUAUUUUUUCUUUUCUUAG